AUGUCUACUCGUAUCUUUGCUGUAGCCGCACUUGCGAGCACGAGCGCGCUCGCUGCUACUCCGCUUAAGUUGGCAGGGAACUUCGCAGGCCAGGAUUUCUUCACCGGUUUCAGGGUAAACACGUCUGCAAUAGACACGUUCAAUCAGGGCAACAUCCACUAUGUCGACAGCGCCACUGCGAUGAGCGGCAGCAACCCACUCGCUUUUGUGAACAGUGCCGGCAAUGUCGUCUUGCGUGCAGAUAAUACGACGAACGACCCCAACCCUGGCCCGGAGAGUACCUUUGGCCGGAAUACAGUCAUGAUGAUCUCCAAUAACCCCAUCGACGUCGGAACGCUCUUGGUGGCAAACCUAGUGCACAUACCUUUCGGCUGCAGUGUAUGGCCUGCCUUCUGGACGCUCGAUGCCAGUACUGAGACGGACGUGGGCGGCGAGAUUGACAUCAUCGAGACGGUAAACUUACAGACUCAGAACCAGUACAGCCUCCACACGCGUUCUGGUUGCACACUGUCGAACUCGACGUCCUUCCCUCAUACGGGGACUGUGCUGCAGACCAACUGUGACGGCGUCGAUUUCAACGUCACCGGCAAUCAAGGAUGUGUGACCGAAGAGCCCGCACAAAAUUCUGGUGGACCUGGUUUCGCUGGUGGCGCCUAUGCUAUGUAUUUGUCUACGGAUGGGGUACAGUUCUGGUUCUUCCCCACGUCAUCCAUCCCCAGCGACCUUCAGAGCAACUCUCCCGACCCUACCUCUUGGCCGACACCCAGCGCAUCCUACCCCGCAUCCUCUUGCGAUCCCAGCACCUUCUUCUCACCGCAGGAGGUCAUCUUCGACAUCGACAUCUGCGGUGUGUUCGCCGGCGCUCCCGCCGUCUUCAACGCCACUUGCCCGAACAUGGGCUCCUGCCUGGAUCUCGUCGGCACUGCGUCAAACUACAACAACGCCUACUGGGAGAUCAACUACGUGAAGACCUUCACGGCAUCUGGCGCGCAAGCAAGUGGCACCGGUUCAUCCAGUGCCAGCGGAUCUGCAGCGUCGGCCACGGGUACGAGUGGCAGCAGCAGCUCGAGUGGAAACGGCAGCGGCGCCGUGGCCUUGGAACUCGGCUCAAAGGGUGUCUUGGCUGUCAUUGGCACCAUGCUAGCCGGCGCACUUGCGCUCGUGCUGUAG